GCCAAUGGGUUAGAAGUUUAAACGAUGGAGUAAUUUCUUGGGAGGGAGUGAGCAAAGCGUCUUGCCAGUCAUGCUCUCAUCACUCGCGCGCUGGUCGUUGUGCUCUCACGUCUCGCUCUGCCAUUUCAAACCCAGAAGUUUCUCUUUGUCGUCUUCCUCUUCGUCUACAUCUUUCCAUUUCUCACCUUGGUCAGGCCUCCAAGCGUGGAGGCAAAGUCCUCUCAACGAGAAUCGUAGCUGGGGACCCAAUGGUCCCGAACCCCAGCUUCUUUCGGCUGCAUCGACCACCGACGAUGCGCAUGAUGCCCGGAUUGGGGAAGCUGCUUCUUUGGCGGAGCUAGGCUCGCUGGUUCUUUCCACCAGUGAUCCUCUCACCAAGUGCCGAUUCUCUCAUCUCGCUUACUCCAGGUGGCGCCGCGAAAACCUCCCUCUUGGGCAAUUCACACCGCCCACCCGACCUGCCCGACCCGAAAAACCCAAAUUGGUUUCUCCGAAGGAAAUUCCUGAUCCCAAAAGUUCAGGUUUGCCACUGAAUGCUUAUAUGCUUCACAAUUUGGCCCAUGUUGAGCUCAAUGCAAUUGAUUUGGCGUGGGAUACUGUUGUUCGGUUUUCUCCCUUCAGUGAAAUUCUUGGGGAGGGAUUCUUUGCUGACUUUGCUCAUGUUGCUGAUGAUGAGAGCCGCCAUUUUUCUUGGUGUUCUCAGAGGCUCGCUGAACUUGGUUUUAAAUAUGGAGAUAUGCCUGCUCACAAUUUACUGUGGAGUGAGUGUGAGAAAUCAUCAGACAAUGUUGCUGCACGUUUGGCAGUCAUCCCAUUAGUCCAGGAGGCUAGGGGCCUUGAUGCUGGGCCACGGCUGGUGCAGAAGUUAGUGGGAUUUGGAGACAACAGGACAUCAAAAAUAGUCGCUAGGAUCGCUGAUGAAGAAGUUGCACAUGUAGCAGUAGGUGUCUAUUGGUUUGUUUAUGUCUGUCAGAAAUUGGAUUGUCCCCCUGACUCCACUUUCAAAGACUUGCUAAAGGUGUACAAUGUAGAACUGAAGGGUCCGUUUAAUUUUUCUGCUCGAGAUGAGGCUGGAAUUCCCCGUGAUUGGUAUGACCCAUCAUCUUGUGGCAGUCCUGAAAAGAGAGACGCAAAUGACCAGAAAAAACGACUCUGUGCAGUUCGGGAGAGGCUGGCUUCCAUGAUUGAUUUGGAAGGUGAGAAUUUCAAUUUGACCAGAUGAUGGUGGAUUGGAAGAUGCUUGAAGCAUCCUUCCUUGACUUGAGGCCGAUUCCAGCUCGCUAGCCUGCCUUUGCUUUGGCACCCGCGUGGUGACGUAGGACCCCCUUUGGGAUUUAUAUUACGGGUCUUUUUUGGGACUUCAGUUCUUAUCCUUGGAGGAUAAAUUAUUGCAGCAUAUAUUCCUCACUAUUGCAUUUUUUUAUGCCUUUUCUUUUUUUGGGAUUUUUUUUUGUCCCGGGGGGGGGGGAAUCAAUCCUCAGGCACAAAAAUAUAGCAACGUUGCUGUAAAGUCCAGAGUCCUUUUUUAUUGCCUUUUUUCUUUAAAACAACGCUCUAUAUGUUUAGAAAGUGUUCAUCAUCAAUGGAAUAUAAUUUAAUCUGUU